AUGGCAGGCCAGAAGGGGAGCCGUGAUGGUAUGGUGUCGCCAUCUGCCGGUGGUCACGACCCGGACUCAGCCGCAGACGACACGCAAGUCCAGUCCAAGGCUGGCCGCGCGCACCGUCUCUCGGCCUGGGGCGAGUCUGCCGCCGGCAUGGCCCACGAUGCAUUGCAUCACGCACGUGACGACGACGACGAUGGGUCCGAGUACGAGCUGCUGCUGGACCCAAACCUGCCGGAGGAGUAUGGGCCAGGCUUCGACGACGCCGAGGCCAAGGUGGGCGAGGAUGGCGAGGAAGGCGAGGACGACCAGAACCUCAUUUCGUCCUCGGUUCCCGACGACUCGCCGUAUCCCGAAGUUCGUGCGGCCGUUCGCAACUUUGACGAGGAUGUGCCGUGCAACACGGUACGGGCCUGGACCAUCGGACUCUCGCUCGUCGUCGUUGGUGCGUCCAUGAACACGCUCUUCUCGCUGCGACAGCCGUCGAUCAGCAUCGGGACGCUGGUGGCCCAGAUCGUCGCCUGGCCACUGGGCCACGGCUGGGCUCGUGUCAUGCCACGUCGUCGCUUCCGCACCUGUGGUCUCGUCUGGUCGCUCAAUCCGGGACCCUUUACCAUCAAGGAACACGCCAUCAUCGUCGUCAUGGCCGGCGUCUCCUUCUCUGUCGCCUACGCCACCGACAUCAUCCUGGCCCAGAUCGUCUUCUACAAGCAGGACUUUGGCCUCAUCUUUCAGCUGCUAAUGGUCGUCUCGUCGCAGUCCUUGGGCUACGGCAUUGCCGGUCUGAUGCGCAAGUUUUUAGUCUAUCCCGCCGCCAUGAUCUGGCCCGGAAACCUCGUCGCCGUCUCGGUCAUGAACGCCAUGUACGAGCAGUCGCCCAAGGCCGACCCAUCCAUCCUCGGUGGCUCUAUACCGCGCUAUCGCUGGUUCGCCUACGUUACCCUGGCCGCUGCCGCCUACUACUUUGUGCCCGGCUUCCUCGCCCAGUUCCUCAGCGUCCUGGCCGUGCCCACCUUUCUCGCCCCCGACAGCAUCAUCGUCAACCAGCUCUUCGGCGGCCAGACCGGCCUCUCGCUGCUGCCUCUGACCCUCGACUGGACCCAGAUCGCUGGCUUCGUCGGCUCCCCCCUGAUUCCGCCUUGGCACGCCAUCGCCAACACCCUCAUCGGCGUCGUCGUCUUCUACAUGUUUGGCGCCAUCCUGCUGCACUACUCCAACGUCUGGUACGGCCACUUCCUUCCGAUCAGCGAUUCCGCCACCUACGACAACACUGGCGCUGCCUACAACGUCAGCCGCGUCCUGACCGCCCAAUUCACCCUCGACGAACCCGCCUACCGCGCCUACUCGCCCCUCUUCCUCAGCACCACCUUUGCCAUCUCCUACGGGCUCUCUUUUGCCGCUAUCGCCUCGCUACUCGUCUACACGUACCUACACCACAGCGGCACCAUCUGGCGUCAGUACCGCAACAGCACCAACGAGAAGCCCGACGUGCACAUGCGCCUGAUGCAGCGCUACAAAGAGGCCCCGAGCUGGUGGUAUUUCUCUCUGUUUGUGUUGAUGCUCGUCCUCGGCUUCAUCACCAUCCUCGCUUAUCCUACCAACCUGACCUGGUGGGCUUUCCUCCUGGCCGUCGUCAUCUCCUUCGCCUUCGCCCUGCCCAUCGGCAUCAUUCAGGCCGUCACCAACAACCAGAUCGGCCUUAAUGUCCUGACCGAGUUCAUCUACGGCUACAUCCAACCUGGCCGUCCGCUGGCCCUCAUGCUCUUUAAAACCUACGGCUACAUCACCAUGUCCCAGGCCCUCACUUUUGUCGGCGACCUCAAGUUUGGCCACUACAUGAAGAUCCCUCCCCGCACCAUGUUCAUGGCCCAAGUUGUCGCCACCACCUUUGCCUGCUUCAUCCAGGUCGCCGUCCUCAACUUUGCCCUGCAGAACAUUGAGCACGUGUGCGAACGCGACCAGCCCGACCACUUUACCUGUCCGGGCGGCCGCGUCUUCUUUUCCGCCUCGGUCAUCUGGGGCCUGCUCGGCCCUGCCCGCAUCUUCUCGCCCGGCCAGAUCUACGCCGGCCUGUUCGUCUUCUUCAUCCUCGGCGCCAUCGUGCCCAUCGCUAUCUACUACGCCGCCCGUCGCUGGCCGCGAUCGCCCGCUAAGUUUCUCAUGGCGCCGCUCAUCUUUGGCGGAUCCGGGUCGAUCCCGCCGGCCACGCCGCUCAACUAUCUCAGCUGGGGCAUCGUCGGCUUCAUCUUCCAGUAUUGGAUACGCAAGCGCCACUUUGCCUGGUGGAGUCGUCUCAACUUUUUGACCUCCUCGGCCCUCGACCUGGGCCUCGCCCUGAGCACCCUGGUCAUCUUCUUCGCCUUCACCCUCAACGACAUCAACGCGCCCGACUGGUGGGGAAACUCCAUCGUCACGAGCACCAUGGACUACAAGGACACCGCCGUCCUGAAGACCGUGACGCCCGGUGAGUUCUUUGGGCCGACCGCCUGGUAG